AUGUCAAGAAAGGAGAAAACAAGCUUAAUACAAAUGCUGAACACGUCAAUCGGAAACAUAAGCGGCUUGUUCAAGACAAAAAAAGAAGAGGCUGGAGAGAAAGAGCACGAAGAAGUGGAGAUUGAGGAAAUAACACCGAGCCAGGAGAAAGAAGAGAACGAAAGCUUUCUGCUAGACGAAGAGGAAGAGUUUGAAAAGGACUUGAGCAGGCUCUCCGUCUCAGUGGAGGAAGAAGACUCGCACAAUAUGCUCAAAAUAGAAAACAAAACAGAAACAAAAAAUAUUCUCAGCGAAGACAGCGUAUCGCGCGAUGAAAUAAACAGGCUAAAAAAGAUCAUUGCGCUAAAGGAUGAAAUAAGACAGAAAGAGAGAGAAAAAGACCAGGAGAAAACCGAGCUCGGGAUUCUGGAGAGGAUAAAAAUACAGGCAGAGCUGGACUACCAGAGAAAAAGAAAAAAAAUGCUGAUGCAGGUGAUCGAGUCUCUGCAGAAGAGCCUUGAGGAAAGCGAAAUACAGAGGCUCGAAUUGAUGAGAUACUGCAAGCUUCUUAUUGAACAGGAAGAAAGAAGCUUGCCAGAUAAAAAAAGAUAA